GGAGCCAGGGAUCCAGGUUACCUCUUGCAAAAAGUGCAUUCGCUCGCGAGCGCGCUAACUCACAGCCUCGUACCUAGGGCCUGACACAUGGGGGCGCUCAAUAAAUAUUCCUUGGAGCAUCCAGUUGGAUUGCGAGGUGAGAAUUUGCUUAACAAAAAGUUGAGUUAGCGUCCGGGAGCAGGAAGGAGAGGAAGCAACAUCCGGAACGCCGCAGGACCCAGCGCCGCAGCCGGCUCGAGGGCUUCAGCCUUGGGGAAGAUGGCAGAUGAUCAGGGACAUGUCGGAGAGCGGGGAGCUGGCGAGUCCCCACGCACAGAUGCAGUUGAUGCUAAGCCAGACCGGUCCUCGUUCAUGUCAUCGCUCUUAAUUAAGAAGAAGAAGAAUGGCUCUGCAGUCCCAACCAGGAUCCCCCAGGACCAGGUGCCCGCAUAUCAGUAUAACAUGAAUUUCGAGAAGGUGGGCAAGUGCAUCAUAGUAAACAACAAGAACUUUGACAAAGUGACAGGAAUGAGCGUCCGAAAUGGAACCGACAAAGAUGCUGAGGCCCUUUUCAAGUGUUUCCGAAGCCUGGGUUUUGAUGUGGUUGUUUAUAAUGACUGCACUUGUGCCAAGAUGCAAGGUCUGCUUAAACGCGCUGCUGAAGAAGACCACACCAACUCAGCCUGCUUCGCCUGCAUCUUGCUAAGCCAUGGAGAAGAAGACUUAAUCUAUGGAAAGGAUGGCAGGACGCCAAUAAAGGAUUUGACAGGCCAUUUUCGGGGUGAUCGAUGCAAAACCCUUUUAGAGAAACCCAAACUCUUCUUCGUUCAGGCUUGCCGGGGGACAGAGCUCGACGAUGGGAUCCAGACUGACUCAGGGCCCAUCAGUUACACCGAUGCCAAUCCCCGCCACAAGAUCCCAGUGGAAGCUGACUUUCUCUUCGCUUAUUCCACAGUUCCAGGCUAUUACUCUUGGAGGAACCCAGGAAGAGGUUCCUGGUUUGUGCAGGCUCUCUGCUCCGUCCUGGAGAAGCAUGGCAAAGAGCUGGAGAUCAUGCAGAUCCUCACAAGGGUGAAUUACAGCGUAGCCAGGCACUUUGAGUCCCAGUCUGAUGACCCUCGUUUCAACGAGAAGAAGCAGAUCCCGUGCGUGGUCUCCAUGCUCACCAAAGAACUCUACUUCUGCAAGUAACCAUUCCUUCUAGCCAAGAAGCUAGGGAUCAUUUGUUGAUGAGUCAGGUCAUCAUUACUAUUUUGAUGCUCUUGGAAUAUCCAGAAAUGUUGUAAGAUUUUAAUAUCAGGAAAAUUUACUGAUUCAACAGGGGAAAAACAUUCUGGUGCUGAAUUAUGGCCUCUGAUUUUUUAGAGCCUUUUUGUUUUACUGUGUUAUUAAUUUGAUGACUUUGUAAUUUCCUCUUAAGGUUAAGGUUGUAUUUCUUUUACUUUGUUAAUUGCACUUAGUACAUUCAACAGAAAUGCCCUCUGGAGAAAACUCUUGGCUGUGUCCACUGUAACUGGCACUUGGCAAAACAAAUCUCCGCUCUUGACAGAAAACAGCUGAAAAGAUAGUCAUUGGCCUGUAUUGUGUAAUUUGAGUAGCUUUUCAUUAGUUGAGGGCAAAUUUUUAUGUAAGCAUUCCCAGGUUAGUGAAAGGAGGGAAAAAAAUCUAAUGACUCUAACAUGUAUCAGUAAGGAUCCAUUCCCAAAACCAGAAGCGAUUCUGGGUGUUCUCAUACAGGGAAUUUAAAUAGGAAAUUGAUUUCAUUAAAGAUUAAAAAAAUAAAAGCCAAACAGCAGAAGGCUAUUAGCAUUCCUGGGACUGUGAGGACAACGGGAGGGGUGUGGUUUCCUGAACCAGUACGAAGGACCAGCCACAGAAACUAGGACGAUGGUUGGGUCUCCCUGCUGGGAGCUAGGACCACUGAGGGAUUGUGCAAAAUAGAGCCGUGGAAAGGGCAAAGCCACUGCCUGCCGUAAGCUGAGAAAUACCCUGACCUUGCGUAUCUGUCCUCUUGUCUUCCACUGGCAUCUUAUCAUUCCAUCCCUAUCUGGAAGCUGUUUGGUCAGGACCCUGGGAAAGGUGGUUUCCUGUGGUGCAGAGCAGAGAAAGGGAUAGUGAGGCUGCAGAAGAUCAAGGAGUGAAUGUAAGUCCGGCCCAUAAUGUGAAUGUACUACCUUGAUGUUGAGCAGUUCAUCCAUUCAAUUGUUUGUUCAUGAAGUUGUCAGAUAACCUAACUAUGUGCAAAGAGAUUUGUUUCCACUUCAUGUGCAAAAUAAUCUGUUAUAGCGUUAAAAUGUACUUGGAACAUUUACAGCUAUUCCAAGUAUUAUUCUGAGUAAGUUUUUUUAUUGCCUCUGAUUCUGUGAAGAAGUUUAUAGUAAAGAUU